GCACGCCGCCCCCUGCCUGGGUUUGCUUCUACGGUUGCUUGGUCGCCAAUGGUGGCUGAUCCUGUCGCUCCUCCUUCCCAUCCUUGUUGCCUUUCCCCCUUCUUCGGCCCUUCUCUCCUCUUUGCUGUACAAUAGCGCUUCGUAUCAUCCUUCUCCUCUUCUCUGUCCUUGCUCGAGGUCCUGCGCUGGCAUCACGUCCUGUCUCUUCGCAAAGAACGACGUCGGGCUGACCAGCAAUCUCCUUUUUGCCUGGGCCGAACAUCCCACGAUGGACGUCAAGGACGCCAAGGAUCCGCUGGCCUCGGAUCCUGGCUCAGUACCGUCACCUUCUGGCACCGGCACUUCCUUGGCUUCGCGGCCACGUUCUCGCAUGAGCUCCUCUUACAAGCUCACUAUGGGAACCAGUGAGCAAUCGUCCGCAACUGUCCCGAGUCAAAGCCCCUUCGGUGACGAAGGCGCAGACAUCCUCUUCUCCCCUACCGAUGAGGAUCAGCACUAUGCUCACGCCACACCUUCAGAAGAUAUCCUAUCCGACUUGGAAACCCACAAGGCGGCAACUGAGGUCCAAAAGGCUCUACAGGCCAUACGCAGGUACAAGCUGGACGUCGGGCUGUCAGACGCCUGGGGCCAAGUCGAUAUUGCUUUUCUUAAUCAACUCGUCUUUCAGCCUUCGCCUCUCACCGCCGUCUUUAUCAGUGCUGGCGAUACCCACUGGGUAGCGCGCAGUGAAGGUUCCCUCUCCAGCAGCGCGCUCUCCCCAAGACUCAUUGCUAAUCUCGUCACUGCAGUCGCAGAGAAGAAGGAGGAGGUCGUCGCCAUCUCCGAUCUAGGCCAGUUUCUGGAGGAUCGACGUAUUCCGAGAGACCAAUUGCCGGUGGAGAUCAACUUCUUCAGCGGAAGUGUGCUCCGCUUUGCGCCUCGUCAUGGUGACCCAGAGAUUCCCGUAGGAGUGGUCGCAGCCUUUGACAUCGAUGCACAGCAUGCGCAACAGAACCAAAAGGUCGUGGCAAAGGUGGCAGCCAUGACGCAUACCGUUCUGCGUAACAGGUAUCUUGCCGAUCGUCGCAAAGUCGAGCUGCGGGCACAACAGGAAAUGGUCAACCUGACCAGGCUCAUCCAGGGAGACGGUAGUGAUGGCGCCAAUUCAACCCUCGGCCUGGAUGUUGAUGACCAGGUGGAUGCUCAAUCAGAUGAGAGACGUAUU